GCAAUUACCCUUUUCAACGGAAUCGCAUCUGUUCACACUUACGUCAUCUUUCUUCACGCCAGGCUCAAAAUUCGUGGCCGCGAAACCUCCUCAACGGACCACCGGCGCGACUCUUCUACACCAUGCGAAAAGCUUCAUGGCAAGAGCUAGACGGAUUUCUGAUGUUCUCGGCGAUUCCAUUCACGAAAGCGGUGAAAUGCAUUACCAAUACCAGCAGAAGGUCCUUCGCUUCAAAGCCAAAUGGAGAAGAAGAAGAAAGUUGUCAUUCGGGAAUCUUCCAUGUUUCUGGCUUUAGCGGCGAAGGCCCAUAAAGAGUGGUAAUUUGGUCCCAUAAUGGCAGUCUGGAAAAGAAAUGAACAUACUAGACCAACAUGGCCUCAGCUGCAGUUAACCAUCUGAUUGAUAUAAUAACGUCUGCUCUUCAGAAUGAAGCAUCAUUUUUGGGAAGCAUCCAUGAUGAAUUAAACAAUCUCAGGAGUGAACUACAAAGCAUGAAAUCUUUUUUAGAGGAUGCUGAGAGAAAGCAACUGAACUCUGAAGGAGAGAAGACAUGGGUGGCAAAUGUGAGGGACACAGCUUACCAAGUUGAAGACAUCAUUGAUGAAUUCGUGUAUUACAUACAUCAGCAACGCUGUGGCGGCCGUUUCUCUCGGUUCCUUCAUCAAAUGAUUCGAACUCCUAAAAAACUUGAUGUGCAGAAGAUCAAUAACAUCAUCAAAGUCAUUCCAGAGUGGAGGCAGAGAUAUAUUGUUAAUAAUGUUGAAGGCGUGAAUUCCAAAGAUCUUGCUCAGAAAUGGGCAUCAUACCACAGGGAUUCAUCACUUUUCAUCAAAGAAGAUGAUAUUGUAGGGAUCAAAGAUGAAAGUCGAUUGUUGGAGGAAUCACUAAUGGAUGGAGAAUUGCAGCAAACUCUUAUUUCAGUGGUUGGAAUGGGGGGAUCGGGAAAGACAACACUGGUUGCCAAGAUGUAUAAUAAUGAAACAGUGAAGUCCCAUUUUGACUGCUACGCGUGGAUUACCAUUUCUCAAACAUAUAUAAGAGAUGAAUUAUUUAGAAGCUUGAUCAAAGAGUUCCACCAGUCAAGGAAGGAACAGCAGCCUCCUGACUUGAGUAGCAAAGACUAUGUAGAGCUUGUAAAUAUUCUUAGAAGCUACUUAGAUUUGAAGAAAUACCUAGUUGUCUUGGAUGAUGUGUGGGAUACAAAUCUAUGGGAGGUAAUAAAGGUAGCACUUCCAGAUAAUCAGCUUGGAAGUCGGAUCAUGCUUACAACAAGAAAAGAAGAUGUAGGUUCUUUUUCUUCUGGUGUUAUAAGCUAUAUUUUCCAUAUUAAACCACUGAAGGGGAGUGAGGCCUGGCAUCUCUUUUGCAAGAAAGCAUUCUCAAGUUAUCCUGAUAAAUCUUGUCCAAGAGAGCUUGAACUUUUGGCAUCAGAACUGUUGGGAAAAUGUAAAGGCCUACCUCUUGCAGUUGUGGCUUUGGGCGGUCUCAUGUCUUCCAAAAAGUCAAUAACAGAGUGGAGGAGUGUUUAUGAUAACUUGAACUGGCAGCUAAACAAUAAUCAGAUGCUGGAAGUAGUCAAGAGCAUUUUGUUGCUUAGUUUCAAUGAUUUGCCAUACCCACUUAAGCAUUGCUUCUUAUAUUGUUGCCUUUUCCCAGAAGACUAUAUAAUUCGACGUAAAAGGCUUAUUAGACUAUGGAUAGCUGAAGGAUUUAUUCAAGGAGUUAAUAGGAUUACCCCAGCAGAAGUAGCUGAGAGCUAUCUAAUGGAACUUAUUUAUCGGAGCAUGCUUCAAGUUGUAUUGAGAAAUCAAUCUGGAAGGCCAAAAGCAUGCAAGAUGCAUGAUGUUUUGCGGGAGCUUGCUCUGUCAAUAUCAGAGAGGGAAAAUUUCUGCACUGUUUAUGAUGUACGAGUAGUGACUGGGGCAAGUAAAGCGCGCCGCUUGUCUAUCCUUACCGCUGAUGGGGACUCUGAAUCAUACAGAGGUAUGUCACAACUUCGUUCUUUGUUUGUGUUUGUGAAGCACAUUUGUUUCCAAAAUACACUGCUAUCCAAAUUCAAAUUGUUGAGGGUCUUGGAUUUGGAAGAUGCUAGGAUUGAGAAAUUGUCAGAUGGGCUAGAGACUCUAUUCAACUUAAGGUACUUGAACUUGAAAGGAACCCAAGUGGCAGAGCUUCCUCAAUGCAUCGGAAAACUUCGUAACCUUGAGACCUUGAACAUUAGAGACACACAAAUUAAGAAACUUCCAAAAGGAGUAGCUGAGUUGCAAAACUUACAAAAUCUAAUUAUGUAUCAUUAUAAUCGUGGGCCUGACCAUGAUUUUCGAUAUGUGAGAGGUACUCGAGCUCCAUUUAAAAUUAACAAGUUGAAGAAAUUGCAAGUCAUGUCUUUUGUUGAAACAGAAGGUGAUGUAAUAAGGCAACUUGGGAGCAUGAACCAAUUGACCAGAAUGGGCAUUUCAAAUUUGAGAGCUGUAGAUGAGAUGGUCUUGUGCUCUUCAAUCCAGAAUCUGAAACUACUACGCUAUUUGUUUCUUAUGGCAAGCGAUGAAGCAGAGUUCCUUCGAGUGGACGCAUUGAAAACACCCCCACCCCUGCUUCAAAAGCUGAUUUUGGUUGGGAAACUGGAAAGAGUACCGUGUUGGUUUAAAUCACUUGAGCACUUGACAUGUUUGUAUUUGCAUUGGUCUAGAUUAGAGGAAGAUAUUCUCCAUCACAUUGCAGAUCUACCUCAUUUGGGAAAUCUUGAUCUAGAUAAUGCCUUUGUUGGAGAAGAGCUACAUUUCUCUGGGGGCUUUCUUAAGCUUAGAAGUUUAUGGUUGUCUAAUUUCCCUCAGCUGAGAUUAAUAACUAUAGAGAAGGGGACAAUGCCAAAUAUCCAGCUAUUAUGUCUUGCCUCCUGCAAGACGUUAAAUGCACUGCCUCAAGGUAUUGAAUCUCUAGCCAUUCUCCAAACUCUAUUAUUGUCAUCAAGUUCUUCAAGACUUGUAGGCAGCAUAAAUGACAAGGAAAGCAAAGAUCAGCACAUCCCAAAUAUUGAGAUUUUGUAGUGUGGAGACUGAGAAAAGAAACCGGCCUCUUUUGCUCCAAAGAACAUCAUCUUCAGCUUGAAGGAGUAAUGAAGGAAUCUAUUUGCUGUUUUUCUUCUCAAAUAAAAUGUGUGUGAUGUCUGGACUGUAUAUUGGAUCAAGAAAGAAUUUGUGUACAAAUUGUAUUGCAUGUCAGAAUGAAUUUGUGUAUGCUUAAAAAAGCAUUGUAUGAUUAACAUGAAUAUUGUGUCAAUAAACUGUAGCACAUGUUGCGCUAGAUCUACAGUUCGUUGAUCUCGGGUGGUCAUGUGCCUGUUACUGAUUUGGAUGAAUGAGUGUAUUCAUAAUUUUAA